UUGGCAGCUGUUGGUUCUUUGUCCUAUGAGUAAUGUUGCUGUAUGGUUUUGUUCUUUGCAUCAUAAGCCCACUAUACAUGUCAAACAUUUAGUUAAAAGUGUUAUGGCUGUGUAUAAUGUCAUGAGUGGUAUAUCUACUGCACUGUCAAAGAACUUAGAAUGGAUUUACCCCAUGAGUUAUAAACAACAAGGACAUUAUGAAUGUGGAUACUAUGUCAUGAAUUGGAUGUCAGAAAUAAUUGAAGGGGGAGUAACAAAUGGUUGGAGUGAGCUUUUUGAAGAUGCUACACCAUUGGGGGAAACCAUAUUGGAAGACAUUCGGAUUCAUUGGGGAAAUUUAUUUUUAGAAAAAUUUAGAAAUAGAUCAUGUUGAAAGGUCUAGUAUUACAUGUAAAAUUUAGAAAUAGGUGAAUGUGAUUUCAGUAUUAGGCUGCCCAAUGCAUGUCUAAUGUAGUGUGACCUAAUUUUUUUGUUAUUCUCUUCUCCUUGUAAGAGAUAUAUAUUAUAUAAUGAUGUAAUUGAGCCAUUUCUAUAAUGAUAAUGAU